GUCAGGGUAUCUGUGUGUGAGCUGAAGCUUAACCACAAGAUUGGCUAUUUCAAUAAGAUUGAAAACCAUUUUUUCAAUCUUAUUUUAUCUUCAUAAGUAUAAAAUACUUGACCUCACCCAUAAGGAGUCAUUAGAGUCCAUCCAUCCAUCUUCUGCCACUUACCUGGGACUGGGUCAUGGGGGUAGCAGCCUAAGCAGAGCUGCUCAGACUUCCCUCUCCCCGGCCACCUCCACCAGCUCUUCCGGGGGAAUACCUACCAAGGUGUUCCCAGGCCAGCCGAGAGAUGUAAUCUCUCCAGCGUGUCCUGGAUCUGCCCUGGGGUCUCCCCACGGUGGGGCAUGCCCAGAGAGCCUCCCUAACAAGGUGCCCGAACCACCUCAAUUGACUCCUUGCGAUGUAGAGGAGCAAUGGUUCUACUCUGAGUCUCUCCCGAAUUAGAGUCAUUAGAGUCAUUUGUUACAAUUAUUAAUGCAAGAUCAUUCAAAAGUGUAUUAUUGUAUGGACAGAAAAAUAAAGUUUGCUAAACAAACUUGGCUUUGAAAAGUUCAUGUCAGGUCCGAACGUAUAGGCUUUGCUUGAAAAGUAAGCUUCCUGAUGACAAAAUAACAUGAUUAUGUUUUGCAGAACCACUGCAGUCAGUACUGUUUGCCUAUAAAGUGAUUUGGUGUCUCACUUUUUGUUAACUUUCUUUGAAUCAACAGAUUUCUGUAUGUGUCAGGUGGCCCGGCUCAGGCAGUUCCAGGAAGAGUAGUGGGACCUCAAAUAGAGUUCCGCCAUGCUGGGUUGCGUCUGCAAGCUGCUCCUCCCAAGAACAGCUGUCUUCCCCUGAAUUUUUUUUGGGGGGCAUGAGCAGAAGCUUGGUCGGACUCCACAUCCAAGUCCACAUCCGAGACUGAUGACUCACCUCCCAGUUUAGCGUCCACAUCUGAAGCCAGUGAAAUGGCUCCCAGGUCAACCCCCACAUCCAAGGCCAAUGAGACACCUCCCAGUUCAGUGCCAUGUUUGAGGGCCAUGAAACAGCUCCCAGGGCAACACCCACAUUUGAGGCUGGUGAAACAGCUUCCAGUUCAACGCCCACAUCCGAGGCUGAUGUGCUGGUUUCCAGAGUUAAUGCCAAACUUCACCCAUGAACUGCACGGCUGAACUUUGCUUGAAAAGUAAGUUUCCUGAUAACAACAUAACAGGACUAUGUAUCUCAGAACCACUGCAGCCAGUGCAUGUCACUGCCACAGGUGAUUAUGUUACUAAAAAGACAUACCUUUUUUCUAUUUGCAUAAUCAUGCAUUUAACCACACAUUUGAUGUGAAGUCAUGGCCAAAUGGUUAGAGAAGCAGCUUUGGGACCAAGUGGUUGCUGGUUUGAUUCCCUAGACCAGCAGGAAUGGCUGAAGUGCCCUUGAGCAAGGUACCCAGGCUGCUCUGGGUAUGUUAUACAUGGAUAAGAGCAUCUGCUAAAUGCCUGUAAUGUGUCUCCUAACCAAGUUGUGUUUUUUCAUGACAAAUUUCAGUCUUAUCUCUUGAUAUUUUUGCAUCCAGGACCUUGUUUGAAUUGCUCUAUGCUGAAAUGUUCAUUUGAUGUUGAUGGGGUUAAUUAUAAACAAGUCCAAACUUGCUUCUGCCUCCAGCAUGCCUUUCUCUUCAUGAUAUAUCAGAGUUUCAGAUCCUAUCUGAAGGAAGAUUCAGAAAAGUGAGAGGAGGAACCACAGUCAGGUACCUGCUGCUGCUGCUGCUGCUGCUAAAUUGUUAGUCUGUAGUGUAUGUAGGAAACUACAUGUGAUGUCAGAACCUCAUGUCAUAGACCUUUGGUACAAAGUGAGAUGUGCUCAGUUUGGCCAUCUGACAGUGGAGCAAGAGGAGACAUGCUGUACACAGAGCUCACACUGAAGAUGAUGAUGUGGAUCAUAAUAGUGCUUUUUUAUAAAACUGCAGAUUCUACACAGACACAUGAUAUCAGUCAGCCGAACUCAAUGAUCGCUGCUGAUGUUGGUGAUAACGUGACUCUGCACUGCUUUAAACUGCGAGAGGAUGGCGCCGGAGUCAUUAUUUGGUACAAGCAAAAAGUAGGACAGGAGCCCCGUGUAAUUGUCACAGUUCAUCACCAACCCAAUUUUGAAGAUGAGUUCAAGUCACUGAGAUUCAGCAUCGAGAAAGAAGAAACAAGAUUCCAUUUAAAAAUAGCGAAUGUGGAAAAAUCAGACGAAGCCAUGUAUUACUGUGGACUGAGAGAUUUUACAACAGUGUUUGGAAAUGGAACAUUUUUAUCAGUGAAAGGUGAUGGAGAUGUAAAAGUGUCAGUGAACCAGAGCGGCGUGUUGGACUCGGUUCCUGCAGGAGCGUCAGUGACUCUGCAGUGCUCGGUUCUCUCUGAGAGCAGAGCAGCAGAACACCAAGUGCUCUGGUUCAGAGCUGCUUCACCACAAUCCCAUCCUCAAAUCAUUUACACUCAUCACAACAGCAGCCGUCAGUGUGAGAGCGGCUCUUCUACACACACCUGUGUGUACGACUUCUCCAAGAACAUCCUCAGCAUCACUGAUACUGGAACUUACUACUGCGCUGUGGCCGUGUGUGGGAAGAUCAUUUUUGGGAACGGGACUCAAGUACAGUUGGCAGAGAGAUCUGCCGUGGAUCCUGUAGUGAUCUGUCUCGCUGGAGCUUUGGGAGUGUGUGUGGUUGUGAUCUUUGCUUUGAUCUUUAUCAUAACCUAUAAAGGAAGAAACAGAGUGAGAUUAAAACAUGGUUCUGUGACAGACAAGACCCUCAAUCAGGACUGUGACACUGUGGAACUGAAUUACGCUGCCUUACAUUUCAGUGAGAGGAGAGCCAAAAGAGGAAGAGUAAAGAAACAACAACCUCAAGAUACUAUAUAUUCUGAUGUACAACAUAAUUCUGUAACUUAGAUUUGAUCUCUGAUCUGAUUCAAUGUUAUUAGUUCUGUUAUCAGGUUUCAUAUCUUCAAAACAAAUCUUAAAAUAAAACAAGGGCAACCUGAAUAAACAUGAAA